CUGAGAGGGAACUUAAAGAGAGAGAGGAGGGGAAGGAGGAGGAGAAGAGGAAGGGUUGAUAAAACUACCAUCUCUCUCUCUCUGCGCUCAGAGCGCUAUUCUCUGCCAGGCUUUGAAGCGGACUGAGAGAGAGAGAGGAAAGAGUAGCAGGCUUCGUUCAUCAUAGCACCUUUACAGUAGUUUACCAUCCCAAAGCGUGAACCGGACAGACGAAAGGUUUUAAUCCAGGAUCUGAAGAGACGAUUUAAGCAGAAAAGUCCGGUUUCUAAAGUAAAAUAUUUGGACAGACGAGGCAUCGCAUCGUUGCAGCGCUGAUACAAAGUUUGCAGGACCUCUCCUUAGUUGGGAAGUUCGUUUCCCAUAGUUGGCUUCUGAGUGACAUUCGCUUCUUCUUGGCUUUAAACCUUGACGGACUAAAUAACGUGAUUUAGUUUGUUUGGAGCGCUGGUUGAAUUUUAACUGGAGUCGGAGUUGUUCCAUGCAACUGUAGGCUAUUUUGUACGAGUAAGCCAUGGCACAACAGACCAGAAACGGAGGGACCUCAUUGAACAACAACGGCAGCGAUAACAUUAAGAGGAAACUGUUGACAGGACUGGACCUCUUCUGCCUGCUACUAGCUGGCCUGCCCUUCCUGAUAAUAGAGACUAGCACCAUACAGCCGUACCACAGAGGUUUUUACUGUUCUGAUGAGUCCAUCAGGUACCCAUAUAAAAAUGGAGACACUAUCAGCGAUGCUGUGCUCUGUGCUGCUGGCAUUCUUAUUGCCAUCCUCUCUAUUGUUAUAGGAGAGUGUUACAGGAUUCACAAUCUGAGGGUGGGAUCUAAGUCUUUCGUUGGGAACCCUUAUGUCUCAUCUCUCUACAAACAGGUUGGAGUGUUUAUAUUUGGCUGUGCCAUCAGCCAGUCGUUCACAGACAUCGCCAAGGUGUCAGUGGGCAGGAUGAGACCGCACUUCCUGGAUGUGUGUAACCCUGAAUGGUCAGCCAUCAACUGUUCCCUCGGAUACAUCACCUCCUACACCUGUAAUGGCCCUGAGAGCAAAGUACAGGAAGCCAGGAAAUCCUUCUUCUCAGGACAUGCCUCCUUCUCCAUGUUUACUAUGCUCUACCUGGCUUUUUAUCUCCAGUCCAGGUUCACCUGGCGAGGUGCCCGUUUGCUCCGCCCCCUCCUCCAGUUCACGCUGCUGAUGAUGGCAUUCUACACCGGCCUAUCGCGCGUCUCCGACCACAAGCACCACCCCACAGACGUACUGGCCGGCUUUGUACAGGGCGCCCUGGUGGCCUACUGCAUAGUGUUCUAUGUAUCUGACCUGUUCAAGCCACAGGAGAAGCCUACCUCGCCCCCUCCCUCCCCCAUCAAGAAGGAGCUCCUCCCCCCUGCUGACAUCAUCGAGCGGAACAACCACCACAACAUGGUGUGAGACAGGCCCGCCCCUUCCCCUGACCGAGGAGCCUAUCACAGCGCUUCUCGCCUCCCAUUGGACAGUAGAAUGUAGCGACCAGAGAGACUAUGGUCGCAUCUCAAAUCGCACUCUGUUCCUUAUAUAGUGCACUACUUAUCACACCAAAGUAGUGCACUACUUAGGGAAUAGUGUGUUAUUUGGUCCUGCCCUGCAGAAACCACUAUCCAGACUCUUUACUACUAUUGUUCUUACUACUAUUCUGAUUUGAGCCCAAGUUAGAGCAAAAAUUAAAUAAUAAAAAGCUAAAAGACAAGAAGUUAGAGACAGAGAGACAGACAGACAGCAGUGCAGAGCCACUGAAACUGAACACUUCGUAACCACACAAAGGGAAAAAAGUGUCAAAAAAGAAAUGAAUGAAUGAAUGAAUGAAGGAGCGAAAGAGGCCUUGACAUAGGAUAACAACUUCCUUAGUAAUAGGAACGAUAUUACUGCAAUAUUACUAGCACACGACACAUCUAGUAUAUGAGUAACAAUAUAGAGUAGAAUAACUUACAGCACUAUAAUCCAGUUCACUGUCAAUUAUCACCACUCGCCACCAUAUGGAGCAGCUAUAAGAACGCUUGUAGAUGCUUACGUAUAAGGUGAAGUUAACCUGUAACUAGUUAACUUGUCCAAUGCCAGCUACUGACUACAACAACAGAAGGAAGAGACCUGGAGAUGAACCAGACACAAUGGGACUCAUUUAUGGACUCUUGGAAGAUUAGUCCAAAUGAGGACAAAAAAAUAUCCUUAUAAAAAUCUAGUUAAAUCCUCCUCUAGCUUCUACCUCCAGGUAUAGAAGUUUGGACUAGUCUAGUUGUCAGCUCAACAAGCCUCUUAUAACUGCCCCUAUGAGUAGCCUAACCUGAGAUGAUGCUUUCUGAAAGAGGGGGGUGGGAUGAAGAAGGGGUUUAUGAACGAGGUAGGGUAAAGGAGGGAUAUUGAUUAGUAUUAGUUUGCGGGAGUCAAGGGGAGGAAUGGAGGGAGGGGGAGGUAAAUAAUAAAUCUCUUAGCCACCUGUCACCCGGUGUGGGGGCGUGGCUGUGCCAUGCUGCCAUCUGAUUAGCUGCAUAGGUGGGGGUGUGGUCUGUUACCAUGGAUGUAGGGUUGAUUGACAGCUAAGCUGGCACAUUAUUAUGGGAUAGGGGCUCUUUCCGCUGGCAGGGAGGGGCUCUGGCCCACCCAGUCACUCAUUGGCAGUAUGUAUGUGUGUGUCCUGUGUGUCACUGUGUGUGUAUGUCCACUCUGUGUGUGUUUUGUUUGUGUGUGUGAUG